AUGGCAUCAGACGCCUGUCCAGUCUACUCACCGUUCUUCGCCGCCCUCGGCGCCGCAACCUCCAUCACCCUAGCCAACAUCGGCGCCUCCUAUGGCACCGCCAAAUCCGGCAUCGGCAUCAUGGCCGCCGGCGUCCUCCGCCCUGACAACAUGGUCAAAUCCCUAACCCCCACAAUCAUGGCCGGCAUCCUCUCCAUCUACGGCCUCGUCGUCUCGAUCCAAAUCUCCGCCUCUAUCGUCGCUCCCCUCCCCCUGGCUGAGAGUUUCGUGUAUUUUGGUGCAGGGAUCGCGGUUGGACUGUCGGCAUUAGCGUCAGGGUUUUCGAUUGGGAUUGUGGGGGAUGCGGGUGUGAGAGCGUUUGCGCAGCAGCCGAGAUUGUUUGUGGCGAUGGUGUUGAUUUUGAUAUUUGCGGAGGUGUUGGGCUUGUACGGAAUGAUCGUGGCGUUAUUGAUGAUUAGUAGGACCAGCCAGAUGCAGGGGCUGUGUUGA